AGGGUGGAGGCCAGUCAUUCAGGUGUCCGCUCUCUGCGCCUGCGCCCUGAGCGCAGGUGCACCCCGCCCCGCCUCUGCCUGCCACCUCCCGCAGCUGCUUUGAGACUGUCGCCUUUGGUUCCAGCGCCCCUCUAUCGUUGGAAGGUGUGGCGGGUCACUAGACGGUUACCUAGUAUCGCUCGGGGCAAGGGGAACCCAGGAGCGAGCGACCCUUCUUAAGUGCAGGAGGCGGAGCGUCCGCGCUCCGAAAGCUUGAGGAGGGGGGGGGCUUCCCGGAGGCCCGGGCGUGAGCGCAGGCGCGACCCCUCGCUGCGUCUCAGCCCCGCACCUGCGCCAAAGGCGGCCUAGUGCGCGUGCGCGGCGAGGGUCUUCCCGCACCUGCUCGCGAGACCCCAACGGCCCUGCGUCUCGAGGCUUCGUCCGGGCGGCUGGUCAUGGCGCAGCUGUGUGGGCAGAGGCGCUGGCGGGCGCUCCUGGCCCUGCUGGCUUCGCUGCUCCUCUCCGGGGCCCAGGCGGCCGGCGCAGAACGUGGCACCCACGACUCCUGCCUCGUUCCAAAGAGAGUGGGAAGAUGCCGGGCCGCCUUUCCUAGGUGGUGGUACAAUGCCACCGAGGGAUCCUGCCAGCAGUUUGUGUAUGGGGGCUGUGAUGGGAAUGGCAAUAACUACGUGACCAAGGAGCAGUGUCUGGAGAAAUGUGCUGGUGUCACAGAGAAUGUUGAUGACCAAGCUACCAGCAGGAAUGGAGCAAAUUCCUCCGUCUCAAGUGUUCCCAGAAAGCUGGAUUCUAGUGACUCCUCCGGUGAUGCUUUCAACUACGAAGACUUCUGCGCUGCCAAGGCAGUCACUGGGCCUUGCCGUGCCGCCUUCCUGCGCUGGUACUUUGAUGCUGAAAAGAACUCUUGUGAUUACUUCAUCUAUGGAGGAUGCCGGGGCAAUAAAAACAGAUAUUUCUCCAAGGAGGAGUGCAUGCACCGCUGCUUUGACAAGCAGUUGUAUCCCGUCCUGCCCCACGGCACCAAAGUGUUGGUCCUGGCCGGCCUGUUCGUGGUGUGCCUGAUAAUCUUACUGGGCGCCUCCGUGGUCUGCCUGAUCAGGGUGGCACGGAAGAACCAUGAGCGUGCCCUCCGCACUGUCUGGAGCUCCGAGGAUGACAAGGAGCACCUGGUGAAGAGUACCUAUGUCCUGUGACUGACCCAUGACCCGGAGGCUACCCCUCCUCAGGACCCUCUGGGAAGGGAAGGGGAGACAACUGUAGAAAGCGUGUGUGGUUUUUAAAAUAGAAUGACUGACUUAUGUUUGUACAAUCAUAGGGCUUUUGGUCUGUUGUGUUACUCUGGAAGGUAAGAGGGCUGCUUCCUGGUCUCAAUAGGGUAGGUUUGUUUUGGAAAUUAUUGAAUAGAAAGGGCUCUGUUUCACAUUACAGAGGGCCUGGCCCCAGACCAGAGGUGUUUUCCUUGUUGAUUUCUUACUUUGUUCCAUGUAGUUUUCUUUGCUUAUGUUGAAUCCUAUUGCUUCCUUCCCGGUCGUUUAAGUGAUGCUAUAGUUUCCUUUGUGUGAUUAACUUGUGGGGUGUUUUUGUUUUUUUGUUUUUUAAGUGAGCAGAAAUAAUAGUUGUUUUUUUUUUUUUAAAUUAGAUUCUGAAAGGAAAAGUCAAGUGUACACAUUUAAUAAAAAGGACCUUCCCGUUUAAAAAUA